UCUUUAUAAUUUUCUUCCAAUUCUCUCUCUUUCUUUUCCUCUUUAAUUUCUUAUGGUUGACUGACCAUUUAUUAGCUAGACUAUUACACUUGUUGAAAAUAUCAUUCACAUUUCUCCAUUUUUCCUCCCCAUCUAUGUACUACAUAUUUUUUCCGUUGUAAAAUAAGUGAAACACUUCCUUUUUUAUGUGAGAGUUUUUUGCGACAACUAUUUCACUUAUAUAUAUAUCCCUCUAUUUAAAAGAAACCGUUGCCUCUUUUUCUUCCUCAAUAUAUUUUUCCAAAAUGGCAUACACUAACAGCCUCCAUAGCUCUUCCCUAGGUUUCUGGGAUCUACACAAUCUUGGAUUUCUCAACGCAGACAUAACAUCUUCUUCAGAUCAUAUGGAGAACAAUGCAGCAUCAUUAAUGUUACCAACUUCAGAUUAUAAUUACUCUAAUAAUUUCCUCUCAACGGGUUACUUAGAAGAUGCUUUGUUUGAGUUUAGUGUUCGUUUUAAAAGAAGACGAGUAAUGCUUUCUUCAAAUGUUUAUGGUGAUUAUGAUCAACAUCAUCAACAUCAUCAUCAUCAUCAUCAUGAUCAUCAUGAUGAUGAACAUACUCACUUUGAUGAUCUUAGUUAUUGGAGUAAUUGGUUUGCAAACUAUAGCAUGCAAACAGAAGGUCAAGAAUUCAGCCAUGCAAGUUUGCUUACUCAUCAUGAUGACAUGCAUUACUCCUUAGGGGAAUUUGUGGAGAAACCAGUGAAGGGAAUGUACGAGGAAGUAGUAAAUUAUCAAGAGACGAACACAUUACUACUAGAGAAAGCAAUUACGAGUUCUCCAAAGAUUAUGGACUUGUCUUCUUUCUCCAAAAGAACUUCUUUAAAAUCAAAGUUCACAAACUUUGCUUACAAUAGUGACACCAAUUCUACUGAUUCUUCUUCUAUUUCUGUUGUUACAACAGAUGAUGAGAGGGAAAAGAGGAAAAUGAAGGAGGUGAACACAACUAAGAUGGUAUACCCAUUUGGUCUAGUAAAGCCAGGAGGAGAAGAAGGGGAUAUAACUCUCAAAGACAUCAACAGAAGGAUACUAAUGCCUCCUACUAGACCACUUAAACACCCUGUGGGGGACUUUGCUUGCCGCCCCGCCGUGUCGCGCCACGGCCCUGGCUUAUCCGGCAAGGCCGUGGUGGCCUUAACCAAAAUUCACACCCAAGGUAGGGGUACCAUUACCAUCAUUAGAACCAAGGGUUGACAAAUUGUUAAGGGUGAGAAAAACAAAAUGUAGAUAUAAGUAUCAUGUAUACUAUUAAAUUCUAUUGUACUAUCAUUAGUUGUCAAGAAUGUCAAUCUUCUUUUGACUUAGAUAACUUAGUUUAAGAUAAUUAAUCUCUAGAGUGUAUAUAUAGGUUGGAUAGCUUUAGUAACGAAGUACAUCUCUCUUCUAAUUUCUUAGCUAUGAAUAUGAUGUAAUACAUUAUUUCUUUAUUUAUUAUAUAUGGUACGUAACGAAAUUCACAUGACUAA